CACUGUGACAAGACGACACAGAAUAGGACACUUCAUCUUCAGUGAGCAGCAGCUGCCCACACACCUCCCUACCCUUGAGCAAGGUGAGGUUGACCCGCCCCCAGUGGGUCCAUAAAGGGACGAGCAAGGGGUAUCGGGCGGGAUUCUUGAAUUCUGUCACGAUGAGGGUCUUGCUCGUAUUGGCCGCGGCGCUGAUUGCCGCGUUGGGCAAGGAGACGUUUGAGGGACAUCAGGUUCUCCGCAUGGUGGCAAAUGAUGAAGCACAGUUGUCGCUUCUGAAGCAAAUGGAGGACUUGGAGGAGGAGUAUGGGCUGGACUUCUGGAUGGAGGCGAGCAACGUGGAUGCUCACGUGGACGUCAGAGUUCCCCUCGGGAGUCUGGAGGCCGUCAAACUUUUCCUGGAGAGCAAUGACAUUGAAUACUCCGUCAUGAUUGAGGAUCUGCAGAUGAUCUUGGACGAGGAGCAGGAGGAGAUUGACGCCUCCACCCGUGAUGCCGAGCCCAGAAACACCGAUAGCUUCGACUUCUCCAGAUACCACACCAUUAGCGAGCUGUACAGGUUCCAGGACAUGCUGGUGGCCGAGAAUCCCAAUCUGGUCAGCAAACUAGUGAUUGGUCAAAGCUACGAGCGCCGUCCGCUCAACGUGCUGAAGUUCAGCACUGGUGGAAGCAAGCGUCCUGCCAUCUGGAUAGACACGGGCAUCCAUUCUCGUGAAUGGGUUACCCAAGCUAGCGGUGCCUGGUUUGCCAAGAAGAUCGUUAACGACUACGGCCAGGAUCCCGCUCUCACGGCCAUCCUCAACAAGAUGGACAUCUUCCUGGAGAUUGUCACCAACCCCGAUGGCUACCACUACACGCACACUAGCAACCGUAUGUGGCGUAAGACCAGAAAGCCCAAUCCUGGUACUUCCUGCGUGGGAGUCGAUCCCAACAGGAACUGGGAUGCUGGUUUUGGAGGCCCCGGUGCGAGUGGCAGUCCAUGCUCGGAAACGUACCGGGGCCCGCGGGCGCACUCCGAGUCGGAGGUCAGCUCCAUCGUGAACUUCGUCAAGUCUCACGGCAACAUCAAGUCCUUCGUGUCCAUCCACUCGUACUCGCAGAUGCUGCUCUACCCUUACGGAUACACCAGGACACCCGUCAAGGACCAGGCUGAGCUGCACACUUUGGCCCAAAAGGCCAUCACUGCUCUGGCCUCUCUCUAUCGUACUCGCUACCGAUACGGAAGCAUCAUCAAUACCAUCUACCAGGCCAGCGGCGGAACCAUCGACUGGACGUACAAUCAAGGGAUCAAGUACUCGUUUACCUUUGAGCUCCGUGACACGGGACGCUACGGCUUCAUGUUGCCCGCCAGCCAGAUCAUCCCCACUGCCAGGGAGACGUGGCUUGCCCUCAUGGCCAUCAUGGACCACACCUCUAAGAACGCCUACUAAGGAACACAGCACCCUGUACAGGAAGAGGAAAAGUAAUAAUAAAGCAACAGUCAGGAAAACCGCAAA